UAUCGCCGUUAAUCUAUUCUCAAAGUUGGGUUGGGAGCUGGGUCUAUACUACGCAAGCUAUGAUGACUUUCACCUGAUAUUUUAGCGCGGAUGUAUACCUAGCAGAAUUGCACUGUAGGGGGCGAGAACGAGUCUUCGAACCUGUGUGUAUGCGUGCUAAAAUGAAUGCAGCUAUGAAGCAGCCGGGUUUGCUUCAGGGAAAAUGUAUUUUUAAGAAGCUUCCCAAUGAAGAUCGGCAAGUCAUUUCUGUCUCUACGUUACAUGGUCACGCUCUCUGUAUCGCGCGCACAGCGGAGUUCCGCCCCGGUUCGCACACACACACACACAUUAAUUAAUCUUGCUGCAUUGGGACACACUUGUCUCAGUUUUUGAAGUUCAGUUGUUGACUGGGCCACACAAAUACUAAGCCAUGAGAGAUUUUACCGCUUCUGCUGAUGGAAAACAGAAAAUAAGAAAGCAGACGUGUCUUCUCACCACGAAGAUGUCCAAGCAAGGAGCUAACCAGGGUUUAGAGGACCGUGGGGAAUGGGAGUCUGCGGUUACAUCGACAGGGAACAGAGUCCGAAACAUGAGACGAGAGGCCCACAUAGCAGUGUGGUGGAGAGGAAAAAGUGACAGUCUGGAAAAGUGUGCUUUGAGUGAGUUUUUUAGAUUACUGAGUGUGUGUGUGUGAUAUUGUGAAAGUAAGCAGAGAUGGACGAGAAGCUGUACCAAUCUCUGGCACGGCCCCACCCCGGCCUGGAGCUCAGUUACUCCAGCUCAUCUGAAGAAGAGGAUGGUACCAGCCUUCAUCACAAACACUACAGAGAGGCGCACACCCGCACCGAUUAUGAGCCUGACCGCAGAUUCACCUACAACAGCCACAAAGUCCGCAGGAAACCCUUGGAGCAGCCUCAGAAAGAUUUCUCAGACCCCUCCCAGACCGGGUUCCCUGAUUUCCAGACCGAGCUUCACGCGGCCAAUCAGGAGCUCGCUUACCCUGGAGGCGUGUCUGCAGGUGUCACUUCCGAUCCCGAAUCCGAGGGCGGCGCCUCCCCUGACCAUGCCCUGCGGUUGUGGAUGCAGGAAGUGAAGUCAGAACACAGUUCCUGCCUGUCAAGCCGAGCGAACUCUGUCCUGUCCCUCACCGAUACAGAACAAGAGCGCAAGUCUGAGCCAGAGAACGAUUUGCCUUCCAGCCCCGUGGCUCAGUUCACCUUUCGUCCACUGCCCCCUCCUCCUCCACCGCCCCACGCGUGCACCUGUGCUCGUCCAGCACCGGCUCCCCUUCCAGAGUUGGUGCAGAGGAGCACGCUUCCCGCACGGUGCCAACCACUGGAUUCCGGCAACAAAGCUGGACAGGAUGACAACGGGCAGACGCACAAUACCUGGGCACUGAACAGCAACAUACCGCUAGAGACCAGGCACUUCCUGUUCAAGCAUAGUUCAGGUUCGUCUGCUAUUUUCAACGCGGCCAAUCAGAAUUACCCUCUGACGUCCAGCACGGUGUAUUCGCCGCCUCCGAGGCCUCUACCCAGAACCACCCUCUCCAGACCGCUCUUCUCGUUCAGCAAGCCCUACCGCUGCUGUAACUGGAAAUGCACGGCUUUGAGUGCCAGCGCAAUUACGCUGACUCUCGCUCUUCUGCUGACGUACAUCAUCGUCGUUCAUCUGCUGGGGUUGCCGUGGCAUCUGAAGCGAGUGGAAGGAGAGCUUUAUGAGAAUGGUAUGAGUAAAGAUGAUCAGCCUCUACCGGGAGCCGAUUUCACCUUCACUCCCGUCCACCUGCCAGGACUCAACACCACACAGCCAGAUAAAGAGGUGAUUCAGCGAGGCAGGGUGAUAGAGAGGGGAGAGGUGGCUGUCGGGACACAGCUGGUCCAGGCGAUUCCUCCUGGACUCUUCUGGAGGUUUCACAUUACGGUUCACCACCCCGAAUAUGUGAAGUUCAACAUCUCACUCACACGGGAUGCUCUGCUGGGCAUCUAUGGCAGGAGGAAUAUACCACCUACUCACACGCAGUUUGACUUUGUGAAGUUGCUGGAUGGGAGACAGCUGAUUAAGCAGGAUUCCCGGAAUGUCAAAAUUCCGAACCCUCCUCCGCGAAGUCUGCUGGUGUCUGCUCUGCAGGAGACGGGCUUUGUGGAAUACCUUGAUGUGGGCACCUGGUACCUGGCCUUCUACAAUGAUGGUCGAAAGAUGGAACAGGUGGUGGUGUACAGCACACCCAUAGAAACAAUAGAUGGUUGCUCCACUAACUGUAAUGGUAACGGAGAGUGUGUCGCUGGACACUGUCACUGUUUUACUGGCUUCCUGGGGCCAGAUUGUUCAAAAGACUCUUGCCCAGUGCUGUGUAGUGGGAACGGCGAUUACGAGAAAGGUGUGUGUGUGUGUCACGCUGGAUGGAAGGGGGCGGAGUGUGAGGUGGAGGAAGGCCAGUGUAUCGAUCCCACCUGUUCCAACAAUGGAGAAUGUGUCAACGGAAUCUGUGUGUGUGCUCCUGCUUUCAAGGGCGAUAACUGUGAGCAAGUGGAUUGCGUGGACCCCUUGUGUUCAGGUCGCGGUGUGUGUGUGCGCGGUGAGUGUGUGUGUUCGGCAGGCUGGGGAGGUGAGAGCUGUGAGACGGCACUUCCUGCCUGUAAAGAACAAUGUUCAGGUCAUGGAACGUACCAAGCCCAGACAGGGGGGUGUGUGUGUGAACAGGGAUGGAGCGGUGACGAGUGCUCCGUGGAGGUUUGCCCCGUUCCCUGCAGCGCCCAUAGUGUGUGUGUUGCUGGGCGUUGCCAAUGUGAGGAGGGGUGGGAGGGGACCACCUGUGACAAACAGGCGUGCCAUCCAAUCUGUGAAGAGCAUGGAGAGUGCAGAGAUGGACAGUGUGUCUGUCAGCCCGGUUGGGAGGGAGAGCACUGCACUAUUGCAGCACAUUACCUGGAUCUGUUUGAUAAAGAUGCGUGUCCAGGGUUGUGUAACGGUAAUGGACGCUGUACGCUGGAGCAGAGCGGUUGGCAUUGUGUGUGCCAGUCAGGAUGGAGCGGGCCAGGCUGUAAUGUCGUCAUGGAAACCGAGUGCAAUGACAGUAAAGAUAAUGACAGCGAUGGUCUCAUGGACUGUGUCGACCCAGACUGUUGUAGUCAGCAGGUGUGUGCGAGCGCCCCGCUGUGCCAAGGCUCGCCUGACCCACGUGACAUCAUCCAGCAGAGCCACGCCCCUUUUGAGACACGCCCUUCACGGCAGUUCUUCGACCGCGUGCGGUUCCUCAUUGGACGGGACAGCACACACAUACUGCCAGGAGACCUGCCAUUUGAUAGCAGUCGAGUGUGUGUAAUUCGAGGUCAGGUUUUGGCCUCUGAUGGAACUCCUCUCGUUGGUGUGAACGUAACGUUUCAGCCUAACCCUGAAUAUGGAUACACGCUCAGCCGACAGGACGGCAGCUUUGAUCUUCUGGCAGUGGGCGGAAUCUCCGUGACUCUCUUGUUCCAGCGAGCCCCAUUUUUGUCCCAGAUUCGGUCUGUCUGGCUUCCAUGGAAUCAGUUCAUGGUCCUGGACCGUGUUUUUAUGGAAAGAGCUGAGUCCAGACCACCUGUCUGUGACCUGAAAAACCUGAUCAGUCCACAUGCCAUUGUUUUGUCCGCUCCUCUCCCGCGAUUCGCUGCCGACUGUGAGGACAGAGGAACUGUCGUACCUGAACUACAGGCGGUCCAAGAGGAGGUGGUUAUCCCUGCUACUAUUCUGAAGUUAAGCUACCUCUCUUCCAGAGCUCCAGGCUAUCGCUCUCUCCUGAGGGUGGUUCUGACCCAUUCCUCCCUCCCGCUGGGCUUGGCCAAAGUCCAUCUGUCUGUGGCCGUCCAGGGUCGGCAGCUUCUGAAAUCAUUUCCUGCAGCUCCAAACCUCAUAUAUGUUUUCUCCUGGAAUAAAACCGACAUCUAUGGCCAGCAGGUCACGGGGCUGGUGCAGGCACACGUCUCUGUUGGAUACGAGUAUGAAUCCUGUCUAGACGUUGUGCUCUGGGAGAAGAGAGUUGCUCAGCUGCAGGGCUUUGAGUUGAUGCCGUCAAACCUGGGUGGAUGGACAUUGAACCACCACCACGUCCUCAACCUGGAGAGUGGUAUCCUUCAUAAAGGUAAUGGAGAGAAUGUGUUUAUUUCCCAGCAGCCUCUGGUCAUCUCCACAGUGAUGGGGACUGGGGUGGUCCGCGCAAUCCCAUGUCCGAACUGCAACGGCCCGGCCGUGGAGCAGAAACUGUUUGCUCCCAUUGCUCUGGCCUGCGGUUCGGAUGGAAGUGUGUAUGUAGGUGAUUUCAACUACAUCCGCAGGAUUCUGCCCAACGGAUUCGCCAUCAGCAUCCUGGAGCUCAGAAAUCGUGAUAUUAGACACAGCUCCAGCCCAGCUCAUAAGUACUACUUGUCUAUGGAUCCUGUGCGCGAGUCGCUCUACCUGUCGGAUACCAGCAGCGGGAAGCUGUACCGCCUGAAGACUCUGACUGAACCCAAAGAUCUCAGCAGGAACGUGGAGGUGGUGGCUGGCAGCGGGGAGCAGUGCACACCCUUCCACCCGAACCAGUGCGGCGAUGGAGGCAAGGCCGCUGAAGCGGCGCUCAGUAACCCCAGGGGUAUCGCAGUGGACAAGCACGGGUUCAUUUACUUUGUUGACGGAUCAACGAUCCGUAAGAUUGAUGACAAAGGAGUGAUAACAACCAUCAUUGGGUCAAACGGACUCACAUCCUCCCAGCCAAUCAGCUGCGACUCUCGAAUGGACAUCAGCCAGGUGCGUUUAGAGUGGCCCACAGACCUGGCAGUGAGUCCGCUGGAUAACUCUCUCUACGUUCUCGAUAAUAACCUUGUGCUCCAGGUGAGCGAAUCCCAGCAGGUGCGUGUGGUUGCUGGACGACCCAUCCAUUGCCCCAUGGCCAGUAUUGAACCGGUUCUUCUGGGGAAAACAGCGGUGCGUUCCGUGCUGGAGGGAGCGAAAGCUAUCGCUGUCAGCCACCAGGGGGCUCUGUACAUCGCCGAAACCGACGACCGGAAGCACAGCCGCAUACAAGAGGUCUCCACAAAUGGAGAAAUGGUCAUAAUCGCGGGGGCGACCAGUGAAUGUGAUUGUAAGAUUGACCCUAACUGCGAGUGUUUCUCAGGUGAUGGAGGAUACGCUCGUGACGCCAAGCUGAAGUCUCCCUCGUCUCUGGCGGUUUCUCCUAAUGGCUCCCUCUACAUCGCCGACCUCGGAAACGUGCGGAUACGCCGGCUCGCGGCUAACCAUCCUCAGCUCACUCCCGAGGGGCUGUACGAGCUCACCUCGGUUGCAGACCAAGAGCUCUAUCUGUUCAGUCCAAACGGUACUCACCUGUUCACCCGUAGCCUGGUGACGGGGGACUACCUGCUUAACUUCACAUACACCCCCGAGGGCCACCUGAGCAGCAUAGCAAACAGGGAGGGCACGAUAGCGCAGUUGCGGCGGGAUGCUAAUGGCGUGCCCCUGUGGCUCGUGGCCCCGGGCGGCCAGGUUUACUGGCUGACCAUCAGCAACGCAGGAAUGCUGAAGCGCAUCUCGGCUCUCGCGCACGACCUCGCACAGCUCAGUUACUACGGCAACACGGGGCUGCUCGCCACCAUCAGCAAUGAGAACGGCUGGACUACUGUCUACGAGUAUAACUCUGACGGACACCUCAUCAACGUGACCUUGCCAACUGGAGAGGUCAGCAGUUUCCAUGGAAACAUGGAGAAAGCUGUCAGAGUGGAAGCCACUGCCUCGAACAGAGAAAACUUUAUUAUAAUUACAAACCACUCUGCGGAUAACACCAUGUACACACUUCGACAAGCUCACUCUGUUAGUGUGUACGGCGUUAGAGAUGACGGCUCUCUGUGGGUGACGUAUGCCAGUGGGAUGGACGUUAAUCUCAGUACUGAACCAACUGUGUCAUCCGGGCUGCUGCCAGGAGCAUCGGCAGGCCUCGUCCAUCCCACAGUCGGAAGGUGCAACAUCACGUUGCCGGGGGAACCAGCUCACAGCCUGAUAGAGUGGAGACAGAGACGCGAACAGGCCAAAGGGAAUUACACAGCAUAUGAACGGAGACUGAGGGCUCACAACAGGAAUGUGUUGUCCAUAGAUUACAGUCAAGAGAGUCGGGUCGGGAAGAUAUACGAUGACCAUCGCAAGUUUACCCUGCGGGUUCAGUACGAUGACAAGGGCAGGCCUGUGCUCUGGUCUCCCAGUAAAUACAAUCAGGUGCGAGUAACGUACUCGAGCGAAGGUCUGGUCACCAGCAUACAGAGAGGCAACUGGACCGAGCGCAGAGACUACGAUAACGGACGCAUCAUCACACGGACCUGGGCCAAUGGAAAAAUCUGGAGCUACACUUUUCUGGAGAAGUCUGUCCAGCUGUUGUUACACAGUCAGCGCCGCUAUACGUUCGAGUACGAUCAGACAGACUGUCUGCUGUCGGUCACCCUCCCCAGCAUGGUGAGACACAGCCUUCAGACCUCUCUAUCUGUGGGCUACUACCGAAACACCUACACCCCACCCGACUCGCCCACUUCCAGCUUCACACAGGACUACGCCCACGAUGGGCGUCUGCUCCAGAGUCUGUACCUGGGCACAGGCAGGCAUGUGAUCUACAAAUACAGCCGAGUGGCCCGGCUGGCUGAGAUCCUCUAUGACUCAACACUUGUUACCUUCACCUACGACGAGGCAACAGGUGCUGUUAAAACCAUCCACCUGAUGCAUGAAGGAUUCGUUUGCACCAUCCGCUACAGACAGACAGGUCCUCUGGUGAGUAGACAAAUAUAUCGUUUCAGUGAAGAAGGACUGGUAAAUGCUCGCUUCGACUACAGCUACAACAACUUCAGGGUCACCAGCAUGCAGGCGAUGAUCAACGAAACGCCACUUCCGAUUGACCUCUACCGCUACGUGGACGUGUCGGGACGAAUCGAGCAGUUUGGAAAGUUCAGCGUCAUCAACUACGACCUGAACCAGGUCAUCACCACACAUGCAAUGAAGCACACUAAAAUCUUCAACCCAGACGGGCAAGUGAUCGAGGUUCAGUACGAGAUUCUGAAGGCCAUCGCCUACUGGAUGACGCUGCAGUACGACAGCAUGGGACGCGUCACAAAUUGCGAUAUUCGCAUCGGCGUGGACAACAACAUCACGCGGUAUGCGUACGAGUAUGAUGCGGAUGGGCAGUUGCAAACAGUCGCCAUAAACGACCGGCCACAGUGGCGUUACAGCUACGACCUAAACGGAAACAUCAACUUACUGAGUCACGGUAACAGUGCGCGUUUGACACCGCUACGCUACGAUCUCCGUGACCGGAUCACACGCCUUGGAGAGAUCCAGUACCGGACAGAUGAGGAUGGGUUCUUGCGCCUACGAGGUAACCUACUCUUUGAUUAUGGUUCGAAUGGACUUCUUUUGGGCGCCUACGACCGGGACAGCGGACAGAGGGUGUGGUACCGUUAUGAUGGGCUCGGGAGGAGAGUGGCCAGCCGCAACAGUGAUGGAUCACAGCUGCAGUUCUUCUACGCUGAUCUUAUGGAACCGACACGGGUGACGCACCUAUACAACCACAGUAGUUCAGAGAUCACCUCCCUCUAUUACGACCUUCAGGGACACCUCAUCGCAAUGGAGAUGAGCAGCGGCGAAGAAUUCUACAUAGCAUGUGACAAUGCCGGAACUCCUCUUGCAAUUUUCAGUAGCCGUGGCCAUGUGGUGAAGGAAAUUCGGUACACACCCUACGGAGACGUUUACAGAGAUUCCAAUCCCACCUUUCCACUCGUCUUCGGAUUUCAGGGUGGCCUUUAUGACUCUUUCACACGGUUGGUGCAUCUCGGUCGACGUGACUAUGACGUGGUAGCUGGAAGAUGGACGACGCCCAAUCACGAAUUGUGGGCGGAGCUGAGUGUGAAUCCCAAACCAUUUAAUUUGUAUGCAUUUAGGAACAACUAUCCUCUGGGAGAGCUACAGGAUGUAACCAAGUUCACAACUGAUAUCAGUAGCUGGCUGCAGCUCUUUGGGUUCCAGCUUCAUAAUGUGGUUCCAGGGUUCCCCAAACCAAAGGUGGAGAACACAGAGCAAACGUAUGAGAUGAUGGCCACACAGAUCCGCACACAAACCUGGGAUACCAGCAAGAUUGUACUCGGCAUCCAGUGUGACCUUCAGAAGCACUUGAAAAACUUCAUUUCAUUGGAUCGCCUCCCCAUGACGCCAGCCAAUGGGAAAAUCGGAGGUCACCAAGGCCGCAGGCCAAUUUUCUCUGCCCUUUCUUCAAUCUUUGGCAAAGGUGUAAAAUUCGCCAUCCGUGAUGGAGUGGUGGCGACCGAGAUAAUCGGAGUGGCGAGUGAGGACAGCCGUCGCGUGGCGGCCGUACUGAAUGGUGCUAUAUACCUGCGUGGCCUCCAUUUCACCGUGGAGGGGCGUGACGCACACUAUUUCACCAAGUCCGGCCCGCUGGAGGCAGAUCUGGGAGUGGCUGGGGGCGGAGCCGGAGGCGGAGUCAGAGUGUUAGAGAACGGCGUGAAUGUCUCGGUAUCCCAGAUAAGUGCUAUGGUCGGAGGGGAAAUGCGGCGAUUCGCUGAUAUCGUGCUCCAGCAGGGGGCGCUUAGCUUUAACAUUCGUUAUGGCGCAACGCCGGAAGAAGAGCGCACGCGCAUUCUAGAGGCGGCACGAAUACGAGCUGUGCAGGGGGCGUGGCUGUGGGAGCAGAAGAGGGUCCUGGAGGGGGAGGGCGGAAGUUUGCCAUGGACUGAGAAAGAAAAGGAUGAGCUGGUUGCAGAGGGCCGUGUCACAGGGUACGAUGGGUUCUACGCUCUACCUGUUGAACAACACCCUGAGCUAGCGGACAGCCCCUUCAACAUUCACCUGAUCAGACAUGUGGAAACUGGUCGCAGUGGCUUAACCGUUCUUACACAAGAACAAGCCUUGCUUGCCAAUCGGAGGGUGCAGAGAACGAUUCACCUGUGACUGUUCUUGGCAUACAUUAAGUAGUCUUCAUCUCUACACAUGCUGAUUCUCUCACUUGAGCGUGUACAGUAAUCAUUCGACUUUAUGGGAAUGUCGAGUCAAACUGGUUAUGGCAUUAAAUCUUGCAAACCUGAGGGGUUUCCUUGUGAGCUCUGUUAAACGUUUCUCUCCAAAUUUUCAGUCGAUCUGCAUUCCAGGAUUUACGUAGAUGGCUUUCAGAGCCCUCGGAAGUUCGAAUGACCCGACAUUUCAACAGAGCUCUAAGAACUGUCAUAUUGCAACAGCUUUCUGGAGUCCUUGAGAAGUAUCUGACUCAAAACUGUCACAAAACUUAACCCCUGGGCUGCAAGAGAUUCACAGUGUUUGGAGUCUUGGCAAGAGCUCACCACCAUCUUGUGUUGUUUCUGCUUAAUCGGUGUUGACGAAGCUGAGAGAAUUACGCCGCUGCUGUGGAAGACAAAUUUGUUCUUUUUUGCUAAAACUGUACAGUUAAACUCUUUUUUUUUUUCUUCUUCUUUUUUCCAAAUGUAGAAAUCAAAAAAAUAUUAUGUAUGUGGAAAUUGUGCCUUCCUGGUCUGCUAGAAACGAUCACACGAAACGGGCUUAGACAUAUCGUACAUACUCAACUUCAGUAUUCGUCACAUGCCUUAGUUAUAUGCAAUUAUUUUUUUUUUCGGAUUAUUUUAUUUUAGUUGUUAUUUAUUUAUUUAUUUAUUUUUGGCGGGGAGGGGUUUGGCUUACGGGAGCCAAAAAUCGUGAAUGCUAAUAUGCUUGCGAGGUGACUUCUUGUAAACAGACCCCAGGAUAUAAACAUGUCCCAGUUUACAGUUAAUAUGCUGCUCUUUUUUUAUUUGUUCUCAUGUGAUUUCACUCUUUUCUGUUGCUUUCGCUUUUGCUGUACACUUAAUGUGAAACUCACAUCACGUGUUGGUCAUUUCGGUUUCUAAACGAGUGUCAAAGCUCCAACCUUUUGGAUUUCUCCAGUUCUUUAACUGGUCCUUUUCCUUUUUUCUGAUCCCUCUCGAAACUAGUAGGAGGCCUGAGGAGGAAGAUACAUAAGGAAAUGAAAGAAUCACCUGCUGAAGAACGGUAUUUUUGUCUUUUCCAAACUAUUAAAGUCUGCAGCACUGUGGGUAGACGUUCUGUGUGUAGGACUCUUGAUAUGGACUUGUAUAUCAUUAAUGGACUAUUGUAGACUGUUUAUAGAUACUGGACUAUUUAUACAUGACACUCAAGAGAAUUAGGAGUAAAUGUAUUUUCUUGUGAAUUCUGUGGAUAUGCUGUACCAUCAAGCUUUGUAACCUUAAUCUGAGAUAUAUAUUUGCACUGAAUAUAAGGUGAAGAGAUAAAUGCAUUAGACUGAAUUUUUAGAGUGUGCAAAUAUGGACAGAUUCGUGUGAGAGGUGCUCUGAAGGCACGUAACGUUUCCAACAUUUUGCAGAUGUUCAUUUCAAUCGAAGUACGAUUAUGUUGCACGAAGAAAAAAAAUUGUGGCGGAAAUAUUUUUCUUUUGGUCUUAGUUUGCAUCUUUGUCAUAAUCACAAUCAUUGCUGAAGUGAAAAAGGAAUAUGUAACUUUUUUUCAUGAACAAAUCAUCUUCCUCUCUCAAAAGUCAAGUACUAAAAAACUUCAGUGUCCUCUCCUUGGCCAAACAAGUUCCUGUGGUGUAUAUUUGGCGGAUAGGCUUUAUGUACACAAAUUAAUGCAGUUUGUUAAACAUGCCUAUUUAAAAACAAAGUACUUUGGGCAGUGGCCUUUUAUAAAUAAAACCGCAAAUGUAACCCUUUCUUCUGUGUGCGAGUAUUUGCGCAAUGACAGCUGAAGCACUUGU